UCUCCCAUGGCUGUCCACCGAAACCCCGCGCAUUAAGUGAGGUUAAAAAAUAAAACGCCAAAGCCAAUGGAUUUGCUAUCCUCGGAAAAAUCUUCCUUCUGGCCACUCACUGCAGUCCCAAACAGACCACUGGCCCAUACAUUUUCUCAUCGAGCAUUUUCGUCACAAUACAGUGGUUUUUUUACUGCAACUGCAGGAUCGACUGAUCAGUUAUUAUGACAGAGGAGUAUCGGUACUAGAAGGAGCGCGUUCUCUUAAGUGUUUUCCCCCAAAAGUCUUUGUCACUUGCCUGUCGUCAAAGUCCCCUUCUGGGCACUUUAAUGCACCAUAUUCACUCAUGUUUAACUGACAAAAAAAAUAUUCCAUUGAUAUUGUAGGUCAUGUAUUAAUCCUCCCAAAAUUGUUUUAAAAAAUUAUUUCGUGAUCCGGGAACUAGUUUCCAUAUUGACACCUUAAGGGAGAGGAGAGGGGGGGUAGAGUCUCCCAGAGCGAUUACCUGACAAAAUCGACUUCUCCAGUUGACUUUUCACAAAAUUAUCUUAUCUGUAAUUAGACCCGUCAAUUUGAUCAUGUGAUCCCUCUGAAAGAUUUCCCUUAAUAACAGGCAAAUGUAAAUUCUACGAGUUCACUUUUAUAUAAUUCUCUGUUGUUAAGAUUUCAAUCGAUGUGUAACAACGUUUUAGAAUUCGGUUUGAAUAUUUCAAAGGGAUUGAAGAGUCGCGUCAGUUUGUUGACUUCCCUUGUUGACAUUUUUUCCAGCAGUUGGAUUUUAUGGUCAUCGAUUCGGGUAUUAGUCGGUUGUGAUUUGUCUAUUGAAUCGUUUGGAAAGGUAGAGUCUAAGUGAAAUGGAUAGGGAUCCUGAAGUCCCUUGGUGGCACAGUAGCAAGCGCAAACGCUUGGAUGACGGCUGCAACAACAAUCUGAACAAUUCUCGAAAUAAUGAUUCGAAGAGCGCAAGAAAAUGGAAGUGUCCGGGAGACACAAGCGUUGUGGAGGCUGCGGUAAUGGUGGAUCUGGGGGUGAGUAUGCUCGACGAUGAGACCAGCUGUGACAGCGUUAAGAGAUCGCAGUCACAGGAUCGUUCAGUAUCACCCAGUAGUAUGGUAUCAGGGCGUCACGCAGCUGCUGACGAUAAUAUCCUCGGUGAUGAGAAGGAGAAUAUCUAUCGUUGCUCCAAGUUUGAAAGAGGAAAUCUCAGCAGACUGGAGCAAACCGCUUAUGCUAUAAUGGAUGAGUCAGGGAGCAUUUUGAAUUCUCUAGAAAAUGAAUCUGGUUAUGCAACCAGAAUCGAAGCUGAAUGCUCUGGUGACAGGCACCAGGGAAAUUUCAGCACAAGCACCUCGAAUUCUGAUACCAGUGGACUCGAUCAAUUUUACUUAUUCAGAAGGAAAAAGAGAAGCUCGUUACUAGGGGAUGAUAAAUUCUCAAAGCUCUCCGACGAGAUGAUACUGAUGAUACUCAAGUGGCUACCGAAAAAGUGUUUAGUACGGUCAAUGCUCGUGUGUAAACGUUGGUGUCAAAUUGCCAGAGAUGAGGCCCUCUGGUCUCGACUCGAUCUCGGUGGUAAAGUAUUGGGUCAAGGAACACUGGGACAUAUUUUACCACGUGGUGUACAAAUACUGAGGCUUGCACAGGCUGAACUAGCUAAUCCAGUAUUUUCUCCGGGUUGUGAAGUCGUUAGCGAUGGCUAUACGAGUAAAUUACAAUAUCUAGAUCUCUCAAUGUCAGUUAUAUCUACAGAAGGAUUGGCUGACCUUCUGUCCAAGUGCAGGUUGUUGAAAAAAUUGUCCUUGGAGAAGUGUAUAUUGAACGCAGAAAGUUGUCGGGCUAUUAGUAAGAAUAAAGACAUCACGGUGCUCAAUUUAACUAUGUGUGAGGGCAUUAAUACUCGGUGCGUCAAAUAUCUCACCAGGUUGGCCAACGUGACUUCAUUGAACGUGUCCUGGUGCUCUCUGGAACCUGACUCCAUAAGCCUUCUCUGUUCUUCUCUUCCUCGCAGCGUAACCAGAUUGAAUAUGUCCGGCUGCAGGAAAACUAUGACUGAUCAACACAUCACAGAUCUUGUUGCAACCUGCCCUGAUCUCGUAGAGCUCGAUGUUAGUGACUGCACUCUUUUAUCGAUAGCUUCAAUCAACAGCUUUUUGACUUUGCAUCAAUUGGAACACCUAUCCCUGAGUCGUUGCUAUGGAAUUCCCCUAUCCUCCUCAUACGCAAGACUCACUCACAUGCCUUCUCUAUUGUACUUGGACAUAUUUGGAUUGAUGACAGACUCAGCACUUAAAUCAUUCCAGGCCAAUUGCAAUAACACCGAGAUCAAUAAAUUCUUGUACAGCUCUGUUGCAAGACCCACCGUUGGCGUACGCAGAACGAGUAUAUGGGGACUACGUGUUAGGGAUUAAAUUCUUUUUUCUUUAUUGAAAAUCAUGAUCAGAGGGAUCUUCUGGUAUACUCUAACAUCUCCACGGCAGUUAAUUACAACAAUAUUUUUGAUGACACAUGAUUAAAUUUUUCAUCUCAAAGUAAACCAUCAAAUCUGCCAAACAGUGAAGUUAAAAUGCUGUGCCACCCUUAAGAUGCCUUUUUUGUUUAGACUGAAAACUGAUAAUAAACUAAUGGAGAUUUAGAAUUGCCCAAGGACUUUUUUCGUUGUUAAGUAUGAAGAUUGAGUGAAAAAUAUUCUCUGUAUUUUUUUUUAUCCGAUAACUGCAUAAAGGAUCGCCCUCGUGGACAGUUUUUUAAAAAUUUCCCGUAAAUUUUCUUAUUCAAUAAUUUUAUUCAAUCAAAAUUUCAUGCAACAACCUAAUUGUAUGUAAAUUAUUGCUGAAAGUGAUGAUAAUAAUUUAGAUAUUACAGUCGUCGAAUAAAUACCAGCAAUGUGUUCUCCUUUUGAUAGACAACUAAGUUUUGAAUUUAGCGACUAGAUGUAUUACCACGCACUGCAUUCAGAAAAAAAAAAUUGUCAUUGUAAAGGGGCUAUGGUUCAUUAUCUUUUAUCCUCGUCGAUCUCUAUCGCCAAACAUUACCCCAGAUACGAGUUAACAUUCAGGGAAAAACGUGUAAAAAUAUAUUUUUAUUAAAAUUAUAAUGGGGAUGAGUUAGGUAAAAUGGACCCUAUUAAUUUAAUAAAAAUGUCGAUAGUCUGCUCAAUUCUUCUUUACAAUAGAAAAAUGUCAAAGGUUUUCCGUCAAGCUACUCUCCCCAACACUUGGUAUAAUUGUUGCAGUUAAGAUUUUAAUGAACGAUCGAUGUUUAUGAUUAAUAUAAUAAUUGUAAGUCGUUUCUUAACAUUUGAACAAUCACAACUUUCUCAUGCACUUGUGAGUAGCUAUAUUAAUUGCACUGAUUGAAAAAUACCCCUCGGGAACUCAUUACUUCAUCAUCAGGACUAUCACAAUCCGUUGUGAUUGUUGAUCAGGAAAAUUUGAUUUAAUUUUAUAAUUAUCUAAAAUUAUUGCUGAUGAUUCACGAUGAGGUAUGCGGGAUUACCAACACAUCCGCCGAGAAAAAUAAAAUAUACUUUUGUCAAGUGAGGAUUUAUGAUGUGGCUGAAAUAAUAUAGAGCAAUAAAAUGUUUUACAAAUGUA